GAAAGAAAUCGAUGACAUAACCACCUGAACCAGCAGAUGGCGGUGUUGCAAACGAAAACUUCCCGUAAAAAAAUCGAAGCAGAAGGAACUGACGGACUAUAGGAGCUCGGUUGGAAUUAGCAUCACCAUCAUGUCUCGGUGACCGAGGCCGUAUAACAGGGACAGCAUCCUGAGAGGGGCCUUACUGUUCCUAAACGGAAUCCUUAAGAUGGCAGGCGAGGAGGAGAGGGGAGUGGUUCGAGUUAAAGUCAAGAAAUGCGAUGGGGCACUUCCUGUGGAGUCUCGCUCCUUUGCUGUUGAUCCUCAGAUAACGUCACUGGAGGUCCUGCAGCAUAUCCUCAUCAGAGCCUUCGACUUCAAUGGGAAGCGGAAUUUCAGUGUAAGCUACCUGUCUCGAGAUCGAAGCAGCGUGGAGAUGUACCUGUCUCUCCUGUCUGACUGGGAUCUGGACGUUGCAUUUAUGAGUGCAGCCAAGCCGUUCCUGCAGCUCAAAAUGGAUGUGAAGCCUUCUGAGGACAGUCCAGUAAUGGAAGACUGGGACAUCAUAAGCCCAAAAGAUGUGAUUGGUUCAGAGCUGCUGCUUGGAGAAAGGACCAAGUCUUUGGCUUCUGCAGCACUUCCCUUCACUCAAUCUCUGCUGUCUCAGGUGGGACGGACCCUGUCCCGAGUCCAGCAGGCCUUCACCUGGUCUUAUGGAGAGGAGAUCAAGCCUUUCAAACCUCCACUUAGUGAUUCAGAGUUUCACAGCUACCUUAACGGACAGGGCCAGCUGACUCGGCCCGAAGAACUCCGACUGCGGAUCUACCACGGUGGCGUGGAACCGUCGCUGCGAAAGGUGGUUUGGCGGUACCUCCUUAAUGUGUACCCCGAUGGACUGAGCGGUCAGGAGAGAAUGGACUACAUGAAGAAGAAGACGAGGGAGUACGAGCAACUGAAGAGGGAGUGGACGGCCAGAGCCAGCCACGAGGACCUGGAGUUUAUCCGUGGGAAUGUCCUCAAGGACGUGCUGAGGACAGACCGGGCUCAUCCGUAUUACGCAGGCUCAGAAGACAGUCCGCACCUGACUGCCCUCACAGACCUGCUCACCACAUUUGCCAUCACACAUCCUCAGAUCUCCUACUGCCAAGGCAUGAGCGACAUAGCCUCACCUAUACUUGCAGUAAUGGACAACGAAGCACACACCUUCAUUUGUUUUUGUGGCAUUAUGAAACGUUUGGAGGGGAACUUUCGACCAGACGGGCAGCUCAUGUCCAUUAAGUUCCAGCACCUGAAGCUGCUUCUGCAGUACUCUGAUCCUGAGUUCUACGUCUAUCUGGUGUCCCGGGGAGCCGACGACCUCUUUUUUUGUUAUCGGUGGCUCCUCCUGGAGCUCAAGCGAGAGUUUGCAUUUGAUGACGCUUUGAGGAUGCUGGAGGUAACUUGGAGCUCCCUGCCCCCAGAUCCUCCAGAAACCGAGGUGGAACUAGUGGGGCCACUGCUAGAGGGAGACGAAAUGACAUCGUGCAAAGACGAGGCUGUUAACUGCCUUAAAGAUGAGGAGGUACAAAAGGAGAAGCAGCGUAGACGACAUAUGCUGAGACCAUCCAGAGAGGAAACGGAUAUGAGGAGGAAUCCCAUCACUGAAGGGAAGGCCGAUCAAACUGUAGGCUCUGGUGUAGAAAUGGAGGGCGUUGAAGAUGGUCAUUCUGAAGAAAUGUCAAAGAAGUCAAAUUUGCAGGGUCAUUUCUUUCAGAGACAACUCAGUUUUGGGGAGUUUAAAUACUACACAGCUCGAAGCCAAGGCAGCUUUGAUAUGGAGGAUCAGGAGCAGCCGCAGGGUUCGGCGACUUCGGAAGCAAACAACCCAAGGCGGCAGUCGACAGUUGACAGCGAGGACGACCCUGGAGAAAGAACACCUCUCAUUAGAAACUCUGAUUACAGUUUGUCUCCAAUAACUUCACACACUCACUUCACUGGAGGACUUCCAGUCUGGAAAACUGGCUCAUCCGUCUCUCCCACACCUUCACCUACAAACUCCAGCUGGCCAGGAGUUUCUCUGGACUUUCCUCUGGUGGCUACAGCUUCAUCUGCAGCCAAUUUAAGUGAGACCUCACCAAGAACUGGCUCUAAAGUACCAACCUCUUCAGCACAAGGUAUUAGCUCUCCAACUGGUACUUCGAAAACAUCAGCCGCCUCUCCUCCCGCUCAGAAUAGAUCCGUUCUCUCCUCGCCCAUUUUGUCAUUUGGUGGAGGCUCCUCGGCGAACAACCUCCCCUCGCCUGGCAACAAAUCCCCCAGCACCAAAGCGAACACACCAAGCUCUUUAAAAGCUGAAAGCACCAGCAUCAAGCCCUGCUCUUUGCCGCCUCCUCACGAGUUCGGCAAAGGGAACCCCUUCAUGCUGUUUUUGUGCCUGUCCAUCUUGUUGGAGCACCGGGACCAUAUCAUGAAGAACAACAUGGACUACAACGAGAUCGCCAUGCACUUUGAUCGCCUGGUGCGACGCCACAACCUCAGCAGGGUGCUGCAGAGAGCCAAGGCCUUGUUUGCAGACUAUUUACAGAGCGAAGUCUGGGACUCGGAAGAAGGGGACGAGGUCAGCUCAGAUUCCCCGACAACAGCUGCCCCACAAUCCCCCUCUUCAACCAUCUCCGCGAGGCCCAUCUACAGCCCGCUAGCCUCACCUCCAUCAUCACCCAACUCGACUUACAACCUGGCCACCACCAUUCCCUCCCCUUCAGCUCAAGUCUCCCUUUCCUCUGUGUCCUGAGUCCCUCACUGGAUUUUCAGUGGAUUUCUCAGUUGACUCUUGGUAACCAGUUGGCGAUCUUUUUUCAAACAGCUCCUUCCCUCCUGCUGAAUUGGUCUGUUACCAAUCUCCCCAUGCUAUGUAUGCCUGAUUACAUGUAUUCCCUGUAUCCGUCUGCAUCAUAAUGCUUCAUCUUUCUUGCUAAUCUGUCUGAAAUAUGGGCUCAGACGGCUUCGGUGGCGGCUGUUUCCUCACAGGCUGAUGAAGCAUGAAAUUCUCAUUCAGCCUCUUUGUAGCUUUGCUUUCAAGUUCGGUUGCAGUCGUCUCAGGAGUGUCUCACCUGGAACCCUGAUCAAAGUCACCAGAGAAUAUCCUCAAUCUGGCUUCAUUAAACACAAAACGUUUGUCUGUUCCUCUUUAAAACAAACUUUCAUGUCUUAUAUCUUCUCCUGUUUUGAUACGUAUCCAAGCUGCUGUAUUGUUGGUUUUGAUAGCACUCUGCAUUGGGUCAAACUCAUAGGCUGUAUGCAAAAAAUGGACGUAGCCACUGUGAUGUCAACUAUUGCUUUGUGUUAUUUUAAUUCUAUUUCUACAUUAUGGGGGUGGUAGGAUAUCAGGAACACAUGUAAUUUGAUAUGCAAUAUAUUAAUGUCUUAUUAAAACUGACUCAAUUUUCUUAUUUCUUGGUAAUUUUCUCAUUGCUCUUUGUGAGCUUUAGGAUCCAUCAAGUGUUGACAUCAGUAGCAGUAAAAAUCCACCCAGCAGGUCAGUAUUCAGCUAAACACAAAAUUAUUCAUACCUUUGGUAUAUCUUUUCCUGUGUUUUCUUAACUUUUAGAGAUGUCUGUCUCGUUUCCUAUCAAAACCUCUCUUGGCUUCAUUCAGCCAAAUGAAUUUCAUUUCAUUCAUUUGGCUGAAUGAAAUCAAAUGAAAUCUAAAUCUCAGGGGUAUUAGUAAUUUGAGGCUUAACCGUGCUAAUGGAUUGCUGAAUUUGCAUGCAUGGCACUUUAAAUAUUUCCUAUCAAAUAUUGCAUCCAAGCAGUGUUUUGUGAUUGCAAUAUGGAAUACAUUGAUACUGCAACAGUUCAAUAUAUUUUUGCUGCUCUCAUAGACAUCGGAAACUGAUUGUUCUUUUAUUUUGGUUAGUUUAUCGUGUGCUUUAAAACUGAGCUCUUUUAAUAGUUUACUGCAAUAAGUAGUGGGAAAACAUUUCGUGACUAUAUAUUGUUAAAUACUUUUUCUCAAUGAGACUUUGCGGUCAUCAGUGGGGCUGUGGUUUGGACUUUCGUCAAAUUGGAUCCAUGCUCCGAGGACAACCAGCCUUACACCUGGUCGUCCUAGAGUUGGUCAGUUUACUCCUUUAGGUAGAGGCAUACAGGAGUAAACGACAUAAACCAAUUUAAUGUUGUUUACCAGUCAUUUUAUAACCCAGGGUCCAUAUUCUCACAGAUUCCUCUCAGAGAGCUUCUACUUUAAGCUAGAAAUUCCUGCCAAGGACUGCUGGCUUAAAAGAGUGGCAGUAAAAUUAACCUUUUAAAGCUUUUCAUCAUGCUAUAAUGUUACUCCCUCAUCAAAAACCUAUCUAUAGUGUUGCUUUGAUUGUUGUUUGAGAAAUCCUUACAUUCCCAUGGCAACCAUUCAUGGCGCUUUGCUCGUACAAAGCGCCACCUUUUCCCACAAAGCUCCUUGGAGCUGCAGUCUCCAGCCGAGCUUCUGCCUCACAACGCUGCCCUUCCUCGUGUCUGACCCGCUCAGCUCCUACAGACAGGCUGCAGCAGUAAAACACUUGGUGGAACUGCACAGCGUCUGCUGAGGUCAUUACAUGGACCGCCUCUCAGUUCAGCGCUCCUAAGAACGGUUGUAAGCGCCAUAAUGAAUAGCACCGUUUGUGAUGAUGUGCUGAAGGCGGAGUUUAGGAAAGAGCAGGAGCUUCUUAAAGAGACAGAAGCCCAAUAUUAAGGCGUCAAAUUUCUUUCAAGUCAUGUUGCCUUCAUAACAGCUGAAGGUAACGUAGGUAUUUGACUGCUAUAAAAUGCCACUAUGUGCCUGGAAAUGCAUAAUACCGUAAGGGUGAUUCAUUCAGCUGCUGAGGUUGGGGUUGACAUUCUUCUCUUAGUGAUGAGGUGUGGUUGACCCUGUUGCUAUGGGUGACGCUGACACUUGGACAAUAGACUUCGAUUGAUUAUUUGGCUUUUACUAGUAUUUAAUGGAGCGUUGUAAAUAAUUUCAUGGAGUAUUACUGCCACCAACUAGUAACAAGUCUGGACCAAAUGCCCCCUAACUUUUAUUGUACAGAAGGAAUGUUCUAAGAAAAAUCUUUGAAUUCAAGAAAUGCUAAGAAAUUUUCCUGCAGUGACAUCUCCAGAAGCCUCUUUUAAUCAGGAUUUGUCGAGAAUAUGGAUCCCGGCUUUGUUGCACUCCUUCUUUGGGUUGUAUUGAUACUUGGCUUGUCUUUGGUGCCAACUUUUUAAUGCUCAUCAGUGUCUUUAUAACUUGCGAGAGCCCUGAAAGAUUCUUCCAGGCUGUUCCCAACGGAUGUCAGAGCCACACCAACAUGGAAACCCUGACUUGGAUGAGACUGCGUCCAUCUUUAGCAUACAGUGUAUGGUUCAGAGUAGUCAUGUUGUACCUUACAGUGUUUCUAGAUUUCUAUUUAAACCUAUGCUUAUGCUGUAUACUGAUGAGACAAAAGCAUUGGUGUGUUAUUUUUGAAGCCUUUCAUCUUGCUCUGCACAGCCUGAUAUUUUUGCUUUGUCGCCCUUAGAGGUCAGUUGUUCUUAAAAGGACCUGGUGCUUCUGACUUAGAAUCAACAUGAAGAUAUGAGAGAACCUGUAAAAAAUCAAAUCAAAAGUUUUAGCAUAUGUGAACCUGGGAGAUUUUGGGUUAUUUCAAUGACGGCGUUAACCUCAUGCUGUAUGACAUAGAACUUGCAGGAUCUUAUGCUAAGAGCUGGGUAGACCGUACAAGACAUUGUUUGUAUUGAUACGCAUUAAUGAAUAUACAAUUCAUGAUAAAUUUCCACUAAUGAUGCAAAGCCUUUUAUUGUAAGGGGAUCCCAGAUUGAAUGAUGUGCUGUGUUUUUUAGCCAACAGUAAAAUAACUACAACAGCAGAACAGUCUGGAGCACAAGUGCUUCUAAAUCACUAACUUUGACUUAUUCUUUCUGUGCUCUUUAUAGUUUACAACACUUUGGGUGAAACUAAACAAAGUCAAAUAUAGUUAAGGACACGGUGAUUUUUGGAAUCUGUUUAAAGUUUUAUUGAUAAUUUGACUAUAUUGAUGGAAUAACUUCAGAUUUUCAAUAGAACCACUUGGUGCUCUAUUGAAAAGUUGCUUACUCGGCAACUUUUAAAUGUCCGUAUCUAACCUUUAGGUGAGUUGUUUUAAGGAAAAACUUGAACAAAUUUCUGGAACCUUGGUAUUGUCUUGCUUGACUGUGAUCCAACUUUGCUCCAGCCUUUUCAGGAUUUUGGUUCCUACUUUUUGCAUGAUUUAGUUAAUGAGAGCAUGUUCUGAUUUCAGUCUAUGUUUACUAAGUGUUUUAUGUUGCCUGAAUUAUUUCUUUAAAGGUAUCUCUAAGAUAUAUCUCUGAAUAAAGAUUCUAACUUUUGAGCUAAAGAGGACUUUCUACAACCCAACCUGCCUUGGCUGUAAACGAAUCUCCCAAAAGAGAUCUUGAAUUUCUUCCAAAUAUAACAAAUGAGCUUGUUUUGUUUUGGUUUUUGAAACACGAUGUUCCAAAAAGAAUUAUUCUAAAAGAUAAUCGCCUCAUUUAUCCCUGAUCCACUAAAUUAAAUAAAAUCAGAGGUGAAUCAACUAAAGCAAACAAUGCUGACUAAGGACAAAGGCAGAGAAAAUGCCCCCUAAUCUAAUAAUAAUAGAUCAACUUUUGCAAAAUUAUUUCAAUAUUAUCAGGAUUAAACCAGGAACUGCAUCAUGUUGUGAUUCCAAUGUUUGAUCUGAACUAUUUGUUUUUCUCUCAUGAUUGUAAUGAGCACAGAUGGUGCAUGUCUUCUUGUUCUUUUAGGUGAUCUUUUGUUAGUUUUUCCUUUUUUUAAUGAUGUAUACAUGGUGACAUGCCUUAAAUGAGUUUGACAGAUCUCAUUGCAACAAGGAUUGGCAGUCUAAGCGGUGCAGGUUCACCUGCUGGAGCUUUUUCUUCAAUUUAACUCCUGAACCAUUCAGUCACCAUUAAAAUGUAUCACCAAGCAA